AUGGAGGACACUGAGAAUAGCCCUGCCAGCGCAGGCAGCUCGGAUAGAUCUGAAUCUCCUGGAACUGGGGCGCCAAUGCCGUGGAUGGACGAGUACCCAUGGGACGACUUUUUCGAAGUCGAAGUGCGCUUCGAGUCAGAUGAAGUUGAUACCGAUGCCAUCGAGGCCAGGGUGCAGCAGCUGAUGCAAAACUGCGACGUCUCCAAGGGAUACUGCUCUCGAUGCGGUUACUUGCUUAGCCACUGGCCGGCCCUGGACACUGGAGGCGAACGGGGGUACACCGUGGGAGAAACUUACACCACAGAGGAAAUUGAAGCCUCUUCACGAUGUGGAUGCAAGAUGUGUGGAUUCCUCUGGUCGCGUCUUCUCGUAUCCGAUCACCUGCACCGCUUCAGGAGGAUUGAAGCCAGGCUGAAGGAUCUCGGUCGCCCCGGGCGAUGUUCGCUUUCGAUUAAUUGGGGUAUACCAGCCGACGCUCAGUUUAUAUGGCUAAAUCUUCCUGGUGUAGAGGCCACCCACUAUAACCUGCCUACAGCUAAUGUGGUGAGGGCCUUCUCAUUCGCGUUGCCAAUAACUUCAAAUGUCCGGGAAGAACUGAUGGAUCCUGUCGAACUUGCAAAGUCCUGGAUUUCCGAGUGUAAGGAGUAUCAUGAAGGCUGUCGCCCCUUGAGAAGAUAUGAUGGACCGCGCCGACUGAUUCGCAUUUGUGACGAUGCCGUGAGACUGGUCGAGUCAGACUCAUUGGACGGAACCCCAGAAUAUGCCACCCUCAGCUACUCCUGGGGCAGUGUUCCCUUCACCAAACUUACGAGCGAAACAUUCUCCUCAUUCCUCCGUGAGAUACCGUUCGAGAUCCUACCAAAAACAUUCCAUGACGCAAUUCGCCUCACAAGAAAGUUGGGGCUCUCUUAUAUCUGGAUCGACGCUCUUUGCAUCAUUCAAGAUGCCGAAAAUCAUGAAGAUUGGCUGAAAGAGUCUGGUCGGAUGGAUUGUAUCUAUGGGGGUUCUCAAGUGACGCUCUCUGCCUCUUCUGCAUUGGACGCAUUCCAGGGAUUCUUCCCCACGACGCCCAAGUACAAUGGUGGGUUCGUUGCACGUAUCCAAACAGACGAAGCUUGCAGUGUGCGGGACUUUUCCUCCCCUGAAGCAUACGAGGAGGCGGUCAUAAGAACCCACCUCGGAAGUCGAGGCUGGACGCUUCAAGAAAAGCUACUGUCGCGUCGAACAUUGCAUAUCGGUGAUCGGGGCGUCUUCUGGGAAUGCCAGAGUAUGAUCAGAUCCCAAUUCAUCCCGGAAGGGUUUGCUAGCUUAACAGCGGCGCGUCGACUCGUUCGUCCUGAGGAUCGGGAAUGGUACUGGCCGGAGAUAGUCAAUAUCUACUCUAGGACGAACCUAACACUCGAAUCCGACCGGUUGCCUGCGUUGUCCGGCAUUGCGGCACGCCAGCACGCAAUCACUGGAGAUCAGUAUCUCGCGGGCUUUUGGAAAAAGGACAUUUUGAGACUGCUCACAUGGAUCUGCAUUUCUCGGCUGGCCGAAAGGCCAAGCUGGCGUGCGCCCACCUGGUCAUGGGCCUCUAUUCAAGGCGCAUCCCGGGUCGUAGGUCCAUACGAAGCAAUGAAGCCUCAAACCCGGCUUUUGGAUGGUUGGACCAAAACUGUCAGCGACAACCUGUUCGGUGCAGUCUCGGACGGGGAAAUUACUCUAGCUUGUGCCUCCCUCGUCCGCGCUAAACUGGACCGCACUGGUAUAGAAGACUACCGCCACUUGUGGUGGGAAACGAGCGGGGAGCGGCUUGGGUCGAUAGCGUUCCCACAUGUCAUCUUCCCUGACUUUGGAUCCCGCACGUUUUCGGUGGGUUUGGAUUGCUUGGAUGUGGACAUGCAGGGGAAACAGGAAGAUAUCUAUCUCCUUCCCCUAUUCUGCGGCUUCUCUGGGAGCGGAACCAGAAAACUUCCAGAACGUCACAGACCUAGUUCCACAUUAGAAGCAACCUCUGAAGAUGAAGCGGGCCAGACAAGCAUAUUGACAGAGCAAGCAGACAAUUCAGAGGGGGAUGAGGACUUCUUUUAUCUCCCUAAUGGCGACUGCUGGCAAAAAGAGAGAACGAUCGAGGGCAUGGUGCUGAGAGUGGUGCCAGGUGUUGUCGGUCACUAUACUCGGCUUGGCCGAUUUACUUUCGACAAUAGACCAGACCGCGCGAGAGGGAGGAAUUUCUAUGAAGAAAUGAGUUCGAUUGUUCGGGACAAAGGCGCUGAGACGGCCAGUUUGGGAUGCAUCAAGACCAUCUCGAGCGACGAGCACCCAGAACAGAAGUACGUGAUCAGCAUAAAAUGA